AUGCCGUCGCUUGCACAGCAGAGCCGUUCAAAGGCCGCCGCCGACUCAACGACGCCGACCACGGCCGGACCUCCGAGCGACCCCAGCCAGCUCACCGCCGAGUCACUUCGCGUCCUCCACCGCUUCCUCUCCUUUGCCGAUCCAGACUCGGCCGACCAGCUGCCGUUGCAGCGCGACGCCGACGAUGACCCGUCUGCCGACCAUUUCGCCCGCCACGCCGCCCGAGAGGUGGCCAUCGCCGACUGGACCGUCCUCUACUCUUCAGCACCGCCAUCGACGUCGGCGGCAACGUCCAACGGCUCUGCGUCGACGCAGCAGCCCUUUGUCCCCACCCUGACCGUUCGAGCCCACCCCGACCCCAACCGCAACCUCUACAGCGUGCAGUCCACCAUCCCCGGCGUGUCCGCCCGUCAGUUCUGGUCGCUCAUGGCCACCGCCGAGAACCGCAGGCUCUGGGACAGCACCGUCGAGGAAGGCAGCGUCCAUCGCUGGCUGGCCCAGGAGCUCGACUCCCGUUCCGACGGCACCCGCGCCGGACCCGACGACAGCGACGACGGCGAAGCGGCACGGCCGAGGGACAUCGCCGAGGCCACCGCCGCUCGUGUCGAGCUCUUCCGCUUCGGCAGCAUCUUCAUGGUGGCCAAAGCCAGGGACAUGGUGCUGCUCAGCGUCGACGCUCGCCUGCCGCCCGCAGACGGCGCACCGCCGAGCGCCGAGGCUCCCCUGCGCCUCGUCUCGACGUCCUGCUGCACCGUCGAUCCCAGCCUGCCGCCGCGCAAAGGCUACACGCGCUUUCCGCUCCAGGUCGGCGGGUUCAUGGUCGAGGAUCUCGGCGACGAUGGGCUCUCGGACCUUCCCGACGACCCCUCAGUCGAGCAACGCAUGCGACAUGCCGCUCCGCCCAAUGGCCGCCAGCUUCGAGCGCUGGGACGACGCAGACCGUCGGCUUCGUCGGCAUCCAGUGGGCCGGCAAAGGCCGGACACGCCGCCGAGGGAAGCACGGCGCCUGGCUUCCAUCGCCGCCGGGACCCCCGCGGAUCAGCGGUGCUCAUCACCCAGGUCUCCGACCUCGGGGAGAUGGCCGCCUGGGUCCCGGCGUCGGUCGUCAAGAUGGUCGCCUCGACCCUUGUGCCCCGCAGCAUCGCCUCCAUCGGCAAAGUGGCAAAGACGAUGCAGGUCCACCGCGCCCUGUACGACGCUGCGGCCGAGGAAUCGCACGGUGGUUCCUCCUCCACUUCCCUGCCGUCAUGGACAAGCCGCGACAAGCUGGCCGGCGGCGGAGAAUGGUAUGCCCGGAGGAGACUGCCGGCCAUGAUCGGCACCGGCUGCUUGUGUCGGCCAAUGACCAUCGAGGUGGGGCCCGGGAAGACAGCGGCCCCAGCGGCACCCGCUGCGGCUGCAUCGCAAAAGACGGUGGCGGAAACAGCGCAAGCGGCCGUCGAGGCUGCAGACUCGUCACCAGGUCCAGAGCCAGAGCCGCAAUCAGCACUGGGGCUCGACCUGAGCGCCCAAGCCGUCUGCGCAUCGCCGGUCCCGCCGCCGGAGCCCAUCGCCAAGGAGGGCAUCUUGCGACCUCCGCCCAUCGUGGCGGAGCUCGCGACACCGCCGCCCCGAGUCUCGUCGCUGCCGGGAACGCCGUCGGGCACUGCCACCGCCGGAGCCCUCCCCACCUCGCCGCUGCGCUCGCCACCCGCCCCAACGUCGCCCAGCAAGCCCAAGCCGGGCCUGUCGAUCGACCUGCUAGGCCUCAACCCGCUACCCUUCCGCCCGUCGGAUGCCAUCUCGCCCUACAUCCCCGGCCGCUCGCCAGGCAUGUCGUCGGGCAUGUCGCCCGGCAUGUACAGCGACUCGGACGCCGGCCUGGAUGACAUGAUGUCGUCGAUCUCGGCGCUCUCGACGCCAGGGAGGCUGGGGGCCAAGUCCGGGCGGCGGUUUGAUCCCGCCUUUUCCAUCUCGCCUUCGGACGGCGGCACAGAGACGGUGCCCGGCUCGGUGGCGGCGAGCGAGCUCGAGGAGUUUGGCAUGGGCGACUAUCUGUCCAAAGGCAGGCGUGCGCGCGACCUCAACCUCAACCUCCAGCUGUCGAGACAGCUCUACGGGCUGAACAACGAACAGCUGAGUCGCUCCGCCUUGAUCCUGACGCCCAGCAGCCCCGGACGAGAAGAAGACGAGCCGAUCGAGGAGCUGCAGGCGGACGAGACCUUUGUGCCGUCCGAAGGCGGCCCAAGCGUCAGCGGCGGCGGCGGUUUUGGUGGUGGCUACGGCCAUAUCCAUUCGACGCCGCGGAGGGAGGCGGGCGAGCCGCUGCCCUUCGUCGGCAGCUUCUCGCCUUCUGGCAGCUACCGCGAGCGGGCCCUUUCGCUCAGCCCGGCCGCCAGAAGGGCCAAUCUGCUGUCGCAGGAGCUGUUGGCAGCCGAGACACGGUCUGCUGCCGACCAGCAGGGAGCCAAGGAGCUCGAUCGCCGGCUGAGGCGCAUGUCGCGCGCCCUCGUCGCCGAAGUCGAGAAGCGCAACCGGCGACAACGGUCCGGGUCGGGCCACUGCUCGUCGUCGUCGGAGUCGCACCCCGCCGGCUAUGCCACGUCGAAACCGCGCCGGGAGGCUUCCGGAGAGUCGCAGCGGACCGAGCCGAAGGAGGACGUCAUCGAUCUGCUGGCCGAGGCGCUCAGCCAGAGCCUACCGAUGGCGCACAUCCUCGAGGAGACGGGCCGCGCCGAUGGCACCGACGAAGGGCUCGAUCGAGCCGCCAACAAGGGCAAGAGCAGGGGCCGCGACGCUCGCCGGCAGCAGGAGCGUGUCGUGCUCGAGACGGCGAGGUCCGUGAGCGCGAUGCUGCUGGCUGGCUCGGACGCUUUCGCCAUGGCGCUCGCCCCCGCGGCCCGCGAAAGCUUGGCCCUCGGCUUUGAUGGGCUCAGCACCGCGUCCGAGGCCUCGGAGCCUCGCACGCCCGGUCUCGAAGACGAGCGUUCGCCCACCAGCAGCAUCGUCGAGGCAAAGUCGAGCGUCAAGGCGAAGCGCUUCCCGAUCGGUCUGGGUUCGAGGCCCGGCGAGCCGUCGUCGGCAUCGUACGCGUCUGGUGCCCUGCCGCUGCGUACCCGCAAGCCGUCGGUCAACUCGACGGCCCGCUCCAUCUCGGUGUCCAAUGCCUUUGCGCAGCCCGAGAUCGUGACCACGGUCACCCACGCCGUCUCGCGAUCCUACAUUUUCGGCACUGCGUCGGUCAUCUCGUCCAACGGCCGAGGCAGCGAUCUUGCUAGCGACGCCGCUGCCGGCACGAGCACGAGCUCGCUCACGCCACCGAGUGGGCAUUCGACGGGCGCCAGCACGAAUACCAUGGCCACCAGCCGUUCGGGGGUGUCCGAGGAGCGGCUUGCGGUCGAGAAGCUCAAGGCGCUCAAGGCCAAGCACCUGCCGACGCGGAGGUCGGUGCACCACCAGCGCGUCGCAUCCCGUCCCGGCGGCAGCAUCGUGCAUCGCAAGAGCAACUCGGGCCUCCGCCCGGGAGCCUACGCCAUGAUGAGCGGGCUGAUCGGGUUUGCCUGGCCAGGCCGAGGAGCCGUCGCCGCCGCCGCCGACGCCGACGCGAAUACGUCGUCCGCCGCGGCUGCGCCGUCCGUCGCUGAAGGUGUGCCGGCACGCGGCGCGGCGGCAAAACUCGGCCAUUCGCAGCCUCAGGCAGUGCCCGGCAAGCCGCCGACGGCAGUGCGAGCCUCGAUCCUGUCGACCUCGGCGGCAUCGUCGCAUUCGAGCGUGCCUGGCCGCCCACGCAUCCCGGCCAAGGGCUCAGUGGGCCGACUCAAGUCGCGGCAGAACUACCGGCUCGACUUGAACUCGAAGCUCCAUCCGUUCCCGGGCUCCGAUUCGCUCGGCCGGGCGCAUGGCCGCAAACUGCCACCCAUCCACGCCUCGGAUGAGCAGGCGAGGCGCGCGCAGCAGAUUAUGGCGAGAAGCUCGAGGUGCGGCGUCCAGGACGAGGAGGAUGAGGAGGAGGAGGAAGAAGGCGCCGACGAGGGAUGGGUCGAGGAAGAUGACGAAUGCGCUGCCGCCGCCGCCGCCGCCGCAGGCUCCGCUGCCGCUGCUGUUGGACGCGAUCCAGCAAAGAAGGUGCCGGCACCGAGCGGACCUGCCGGGGGUCAGGGCGGUCGCCCCUGCCCAACCAUCGGCGCGCGGAUGGCUCGGCGCUUACUGGCCCAGCGCGGCUGCGACCGACACGUCCGCCGCCAGUCACAGCCAAACUCUGGCAGCGACAAGCGGCACGGGCGUGGUCGCCUGAGAAGUGGCGAGCCAGGCCGGCCGGCCGGCCUGCAGCCUGCCCGCAACUCGCCGUACCACGGCCGGCCGGCCUGCCUGCCUUGGUACCAACGAUGCCCGAGACGACUCUGA